CAAAAAUAAGCAGAGUGUAACUUUCGCUCGCGGGUCUAAUGUGUGUAUUUAUACAUGUAUAUAUUUUGUAGCUCUGCCGCGGUGGAAGAAACGCCUCGGAGUGUUAAAUUAAAGCCGCCCGAAGUGAAGUGUCCGAGCGCGUUUGUACUUUUUCAUUCUUAGAAAACUAGGCUGCAUCGCUAACAUGAGCAAUGCUAUGCAGUUAGCUUUAGCUGUCUUAGCAGGUCAAGAUAGCCGCCUAACUUUAAUCCCUUUCCGCCUCGUGAAGAUGACGCUUCUUCUUUAUUUCCCCGGUGUGAAUAAACUCUGAAAGUAGUUUAAGUAGUAAUGAAGACGGGAGAAUAACAGCGGCGGCUGUGAGCUGUGUGCCGCGGGGGUCAGGGUGAAGUACACAGCUCGGAUGAAGGCUCAGUAAUUGGCUGAGUCCCAAACGGCUCCCUGUUGGACGUAUAGUGCGCUACCUAGGAUGCGGAAGCCAUUGUUUUUUAUUUUUAUUUUAACUAAAUGUGGUGUAUUAAUGUAGGGAGUGAGAAACGAUUGGGAUUCGGCCAAGAAAUUAAAAAUAAAAUUCCUCUCACUUUGGCGAGGUCGCUAGCGGUUAGCUCAGCUCACUGACGCGUUUAUUGUAAAAAGCUCUGAGAUAUAUAUGUGUGUGUGUGUGUGUGUGUGUGUGUGUGUGUGUGGAGGAUGUGGAAAGAUUUGGUUGUGUUCUGAAUGAGAUGUGAAGUGCAACAGGUGUUAAUAACUUAAUAUAUAAAUGUGUGUGUAUAACUAUAUAAAAUAUAUACUAUAUACUUUUGGUGUUUUUGCUUCUAUUAUACAUUUGUGUGCAUAUCGUUAAUGAUCUAGUUUGAUGAUGGUUUAUAUAUAUAUGUAUAUAUGUGUGUGUGUGUGUGUGUGUGUGUGUGUGUGUGUGUGGUGCUUUUGCAUUCUGAUUCAUCACAUGUUUGUUGCAUCACUCAGGGAAAUGCGUCAGUUUCGGCCAGUUCUGCACCGUUAAUGCUGAAUAAAACACGACGGGGCGCGCUGUCGUAGGAAACGAAUCAACAGCCGUGUGGUGUGAAGCAGUCCGACACAAUGCGGAGACACGCCCACCAACGCUGACGUUUCCAAUAACCGCAUGUUAUUGGAGUCGAAUGUCCGCGAAACAAGCUCCAGGUGAGGGCGCCACCCUGAUCCUCCCUCUCUCUCUCUCCCUCUCUCUCUCUCUCGCGGCUGACUGAAGCUCAGUGCCGCGUCCUCCCUGUCUCUUCUUCCCCGUGGAGACGCCAUGUCCUCCACGUCAUCCUGCUCCUCGUCGGGGGAGACGAGCCCGGAGGACGUUCCCCGAGGCGGAGGAACCAUCCGUGUCUACCUCCCCAACAAACAGCGCACAGUGGUGAACGUGCGUCCGGGUCAGACGGUGUACGACAGUCUGGACAAAGCGCUCAAGGUGCGAGGCCUCACUCAGGACUGUUGCGCCGUUUUCCGCCUCCUCGAAGGUCGUAAAAGGCUGACAGAAUGGAACACUGACAUCACGCCGCUUGUCGGCGAGGAGCUUCUCGUCGAGGUUUUGGAUGACGUCCCCCUCACCAUGCACAACUUUGUUCGUAAAACCUUCUUUAAGUUAGCGUACUGUGACUUCUGCCACAAGUUCCUGUUCAACGGCUUCCGGUGCCAGACGUGCGGCUACAAGUUCCACCAGCACUGCAGCAGCAAAGUUCCCACGGUCUGCCUGGACAUGGACACCAUAAAACGGAGUGCAGGAGACUGCACGGCGGUCACUGAUAUAGUCGUGUCCGAUCCUAUCCCCACUGACAUCCCCUUAACGCCCGAGCCUGCUUGUUCAGCGCUGCUGUCGCCAGCCUCGGCGUUCCACUUCCCCAUGCCAGGAGGGGACGGCCUGGCCCUGCAGAGGCUCCGCUCCACAUCAACCCCCAACGUCCACAUGGUCAGCACGCUGGGGCCUGGAGCGGCCAGCGUCAUCGAGGUCAGAAAGUUAAAGCCGCCAGAGGCAUUAAAAUCCAACAGCCCAAUGGGACCGGAACCCUCUCCCAAACCCUCGACCAGUCCGCCUCACCUGGGCUCUCCGGGCCGAAAACCUCCCAAAUCGCCUCCGGAGCGCAAACCGGCCCCCAUCCUUGACGGAAAAAGGGAAAGGAAUCAGCGUUACAGAGACUCGAGCUACUACUGGGAAGUGCCCUCGCACCAAGUGACCAUGCAGAAGCGCAUCGGUGCCGGCUCCUUCGGCACCGUCUUUAAGGGCAAGUGGCACGGCGACGUGGCCAUCAAGAUUCUGAAAGUGUCCGAGCCGACACCGGAGCAGCUGCAGGCCUUCAGGAACGAAAUGCAGGUCCUUCGGAAGACGCGCCACGUCAACAUCCUGCUGUUCAUGGGCUUCAUGACGAAGCCGCACUUCGCCAUCAUCACGCAAUGGUGCGAAGGCAGCAGCCUCUACCGCCACCUGCACGUCACCGAGACCAAAUUCGAAACCAUGAGGCGCAUCGACGUGGCACGCCAGACGGCACAGGGCAUGGACUACCUUCAUGCCAAGAAUAUCAUUCAUCGGGACCUUAAAUCUAAUAAUAUCUUCCUGCACGAGGGUUGGACGGUGAAGAUCGGCGACUUUGGCCUGGCCACGGUCAAGUCCCGCUGGAGCGGCUCGCAGCAGGUGGAGCAGCCCAGCGGAUCCAUACUCUGGAUGGCUCCGGAGGUGAUCCGCAUGCAAGACCCGAACCCUUACACCUUCCAGUCGGACGUGUACGGCUACGGGGUGGUGCUGUUCGAGCUGAUGUCCGGCACACUGCCGUACUCCAAUAUCAACAACCGCGACCAAAUCAUUUUCAUGGUGGGUCGAGGCUACCUGUCACCAGACCUCAGCAAGCUGUACAGUAACUGCCCUAAGUCCAUGAAACGUCUCAUCGUCGACUGUCUGAAAUUCAAACAGGACGAAAGGCCGCUCUUUCCUCAGAUCCUGGUAUCCAUCGAGCAGGUGCAGGAUCUCUUGCCCAAGAUCGAGCGCAGUGCCUCGGAGCCGUCUCUGCACCGCGCUGUUCACGCUGAGGACCUGAACCCGAUGCUGCUGCACACCACGCGCUUCCUGCCUCUGUGAAACCAGACGAUUCUGCACAAGAUUCUGUCCUCCGCACUCACUACACAAACACACACACACACACACACACACACACACACACACACACACACACAUAUAUAUAUUCCUGCUGUGCAUUCCUUGUCUCUGUAACACAUCAGCAAAACUUUCCAAUCAUUCCAUUUCUGAUCAGUCCUCUGAUGGAAUUCACUCCUAUUUUACCCAAGAGCAUCUUAAAUUUUAAAUGUUUUGUUCUUUAAACUCUCAGCUGAAAUCCGUCACAAACUCGAUUUGAUUGCGAACGUAGAGAAACCUAAAGCGUUACUGAUAUGUACUGAUGCGUUUGUCUUCCGUUACGGGAAUUCUUGAUCACAUUUCUCAUCAAAACUCGUUUCGGUCACGUUUCGAUGCGGGAUUGUGAACGUCCGAUUCUGCGUUUUGGAAACACCAGUCGGUUUGCACUUUUAACAUUCGAAAAUACGUACAUGACGAGCGAACACUACGCGUUUUCUAAAGCACCAGUACCUUCCUGUCAUUUUUUAAAAAUUUAUUUAUUCUUUUUUUUUUUUAAAUUUUAAAAACAUAGAAAUUGCACUCUCAUGUAGCUUCGUUAGCGUAAUCGGUUGUGCAGAGUGUCCCAGUAAUCAGCGUGUUACUGUUUUGUUACCGUGGUAACGGAGAACGUUUAUCCUUGGGCAGAGCGAGGUUCCUGUCAGAUAUCCGUUCCUCUUAUCCUCAGCCCUUAGUAAACAGGAAGUAGUUACAGUUCCCUUCUGAAAGUAUUGGAACAGCAAGGCCAAUUCGUUUGUUCAGGAUUUCAGCUUUUACUUCCUGGUAUUUACAUCUAGAUGUGUUAAACGAUAUAAAGCGCAGAACCUUUUGAACCACAGAAUCAAGCCUGUGACUCACUGACCUCACCAAACUGUUGGUCUCUUCUUUUGUGAUGCUUUUCCAGACUUUUACCGCAGCCCCUUUCAGUUUGUUGCUUGUUUCGGGGGAGGUGGGGGGAUGGUAGUGAUGCGUCUCCUCUUCAGGAGGUGAAGCGACGUGCACGCUCAGUUGGGUUCCUCAGCUUCGAAACUUGCUUGCUUUUCUCACGUAGACAGCUCCCUGAUCUUCAUGUUGGCUUAUCCUGUUUAACAACAAACGCAGCCUUCACGGGCGGAUAAAAUCAAGAGCAGAUGUUCAGAGCUAUUUAUUGUUUAAUCAUUCGAACAGGACACACCUUGGUUAACGAGGAACACCUGUCAGCUAACGUGUUCCAAUAUUUUUGCGUCAUUUACGUAGAAUACGUCGUUUAACACGUCUCUACAUGUACGUAUAAAUAGCAGGAAAUAAAAGCUGGUAACUCUUCUCUUGUUCAUCUUUUGAUUUCAAACCCAAAUGUCUUCAGUCUACAGAAAAAAAAAAACCAAAACCAGUUGGUCUUGCCGUUCCUGUACAGUCUGUUUAAUGCAGGCCUGGCGGUCUGGCUGAGUACGUUUCAACUCAAUCUGGACUGUGAAGCGGCACAGCGUGGUGGCUCGGGAACGCAGAUGGCUGCAGAGAGUAGUCAUCAACAGUAAUCAAAGGAACGAGACGUUUGUUUAGCGAUGGCCUGUGUGUGUGCGCGCGCACAGUCAGCUCCAGAAAUAUUGACGAUAAAGUUUAGAAGUCUAAACUCGACUUAUUUAUACAUGUUCUUUAUCCUGGUCUGCGCCGCUGUGAAUCCAGAGGCUAUACUUGGAACACUGGGGGUGAGACUGGAAUACACCCCGGGCACCUGCGGUCAUUUGAAGCAUUUGCCAGGUCGCCUACCUGUCUGUUUUUGAGAGCUGGGAGGAAAUCUGAGAACCCAGAGGAAAUCCCACAGGGAGAACUCGCAGAGAACAUCUGCACAGGCAGUAACACGAGCUCAGGAUUGAACCAGAUUCUCACCUUUUAAUUAAUUUAUUUUUUGAACUGAAGUGAAAGUGAAUUUAAAAUCCUGUUUAGGAACUCUGAAGCGAGCGUCCACGCCCUCCAGUUUCAGUGACCUCCAACGGCAUGAACGGUUUUGUACGUAUGAAGUUGAAUUACGAAGCCCCCGCCGUCUCACCUCGAACUUAACCUUUCACUUAACUUUCAUAUCCAAGCUGGCUUGUGCAGUGGUGACAUCGGGUUAGCAUACGACAUGCUGUUCAGAAAUACACGUGCUGUGCUUUCAGAUUCGUUCUCAAUGACUAUCGUUAAUAUAAUUCACGUGAAGCUUUGGACGGAAAUCGAGCGUUUUUCCAGUCGUCCCGUUUCUGUCUGGUUUUGUGGGUCUAGAAAGCAUAGAUCAGUUCGAGGUAGUCACUCAUGACCUAGACAACAUGGACAGAUUUUGUCAUUUCUUAUCUACAAAGUUUUUAUUUUAUUUUAAUAUUAUUAUGAACGGGGCUGGUUACCCCUGAAAGUCUGCUCUGAGUAGGAGGAGCGUGUGAUUGUGAUGAAAGCGAGCGGUAUGCAGUGAGCGUCGCCGUGUGGUAUCUGUGGACCGAACUCGAGCCUUGUUCUCGGUAGGACGUCAGCGUUUGCGUUAUCUCAAUGCAUAGACUCUGUCUGGCUGGAUUUCCUUGGAGAUUUACACACUCUAAUCUCUCAAACUCUAGAGACAUAUCCGGCUCUCUUGACUAGCCAGUGGGUUUCCUAAGGGUGCUGCUGAGCAGAAGGAUGUUCUGUCAGGAGUAAAGGACGACCGGACGGGGCGUGCUGUUAUAAGGGCAACUAUGAACGUCCCGAAGCGUUUUAUUCCUAUUACGAUGCGGCACUUUGCCAGCGGUUUCAAUUGUAUAUUUAUUUAAGAAAAGGUUGUAGUUUUGUAUCCCUGUGAAUGAGCUGUUACCAUAGCGACAACACAUAUUAGAACGACCAGGUUCGUUAUAACGGUGUCCGAGGCUCUGUUAUAGAUCAUUAUAUCGGUAUCAACCCGGUCGACUAAUCCGACUCGAGAAUUCCACAGAUGGCAGUUGAAAUGUAAAAUAUCAAAUUUAUUGUUGUUAUAUUUUUUUAAACUAUUAAAUAUUUCAUUGGUCCUGCUUGCAUUUACAAGUCUGCAGUGAUGGUAGUUUAACACUUAAGACUCCCAAGGUGCCAUCAGCGUGAUUCCAUUCGCCGUAAGAUGGCGCCGGGGAGGAGAUCCGCAGCCCCCCCGUGUUUGGAAUUUUGCUGGCUUUCUACCGCUCGCUGGUGAUCAAGAUCGAGUCGUCAGAGUUACAUAUCGUGUACCUCCUUGUGUCCUUCUUGCAAAGCAAAUUUGGUGUGUGAUUUGAUGUUUUUAGUGUUGGAUGAUUUUACUAGGUACUUUCAGUAGGUCAAGAAGAAGAAGAAAAAAACGUGCUCGUUAGCUGAUAUCCACAUGCUGCAAAUCGACUGGUGUAUAUUUAUGAAUAUGAAAUAGCGGUGCGUCAUAAAGAAGUGCGAUAAGUGAAAGAUGAUUUUCAUGCUUGUAGCUAUUGAUGAUGUUAUUUUUAUUAAUAAUUCUAAAUGGUUUUUUUUUUCCUUGAUAUUUUAAUAAUCAUUUCAGUGCGCCAUUCUUCGUACGCGGAUUACCGAAUUAGCCGGAUUGAAUUGUUGACAAUUUGUCCCAGGCAACAGACAGUGCUGUGAGGGGAAGGGGGGAGGAGUAUUUGCCCCAUCCUGAUUUCUUGAUUACGUGAUCCUUCGACAUAAAACAAAAAGGCAAUCUGAGUGUAAACAAAAUUUAUUCAAGCAAAAAAAGUGAUCCAAUGCCUAUCACCCAUGUGAAAAACUAAUUGCCCCCUUAAACUUAAAAUCUGGUUGUGCCAGAUUUUGUGGUUUAGCAGCAAUAACUGCAACCAAACGCUUCCGAUAACCGGAGAUCUUGCUGGACGAGUAGUUGGAGGAAUUUUGCAAGAUUGGCCGUGUCUGGGAAGGUUCACUGCCGUGUCGAGUCCCAGAGCCUUUGAAAUAGCUGUGUAGCCCUUCCCAGCCUGAUGUAUUUCAGUCACCUUCUUUGUCAUCUUUUCUGGAAUUUCUUUCAACUUUGGCAUAGUGUGUUGCCAGAUCAGACCUUUUAAUCAACUUUAUGCUGUUGAAAAAGUUCUAUUUAAGUGUUGAUGUGAUUGAACAGGGUUUGGAGUAAUCAGGCCUGGUUGCGUCUAGUCCAGCUGAACCCCAUUAUGAAUGCAUUUUCAUAGAUUUGAGGAAUUAGUAACUAAUACAUUUUCACACAGACCCAGUUGGUAUUGGAUAAUGUGUUUUUUAUUUAUUUUUUAUUUUUUUUGCCUUUAUAAAUAACAUUAUAAUUUUUUUUUUUUUUUAAGUAUUUCAUGUUUAGUCACGUUGCCUUUUAUCUUAUCAUAGAUUUUAUUUUAAUUUCUGAAUCAAUUUAGUACGAGAUAUAGACAAAAAAACAGAAGAAAUCAGGAUGGGGGCAAAUACUUUUUCACAGCACCGUAGUUAUACGUUCAAAAACGUCCCCAGAGCUGCAAGAUCGUAUCGCACAUUUUAGAAGCAUUAUGUAAAUACAGAAAAAUGGUGUGUUUUUCAUUGUCCUCUCCAGACUUCCAUACUGUUCGUAUUUGGCAAUCGCUGGCUCUCUGAUCAUGGUUCUGAUUUCUCAAACGACUCGACCCAGCUUUUACUAAUUACUAGUUCUCAAGUGCGUGUGAGGAAUCGAAUUAGCCUACGAUUAGUAAAUCUGGCAUUAUUUCUUCUAGGAUUUGUUAAGCGACAUAUGAAGAAUGGAGCCACCACAGAGAAUCAGAUUUUGUUGUUGUUACAGCAGAUUAAACACGUUAUAUACGGUUAUAUAUUUGCUUUAGGCGACAAAACAAAAAACACAAUCAGAGAAACAGUCACAACUAAGCAGCUAAUGCAGCGUUGCACAUUGAAACAUUAAUAAAAAGCGACCUUUUCAGUUUUUAUCUUUAAACUGAAAGCUUCUUAAAGAAGGCUCGUCUGUUUUCAUGACAUUGGUCAGUGGGCGUGGCUUUAUCUGUAGUAUAUUUUAACGUGUUUUUUUUUUUUUAUUUAAAUUUUUAUUUUAUUUUAUUUUUAUUUGAGGGCUCCAAUCUUUCUAACAGCUGAUCAUCUGAAGCACACUUUAAAACGUCAUUACAGUUAUAAAACCUUUACAAGAGGCAUCGAACUUAACACGUCUGCUGUCAGGAAACCGCGGAGGGAAAAACGGGUCAAACUCUAAACUCAAUCCACAGUUGUUUUUUCUCCGCAAAGCAGAACACAACGAUCAACUUUUGUUCAGUUGUUUUUUUUUUGUGCAUAUUUUAGGUGAAUUGCAAUAAUUUUUUUUUGUGUGUGUAUAGUUGAAGAGGUAUAAGGGGGUGUUUAAAGUUUGCAAUAAAUGUACUCUGCUGUGUACAGUUACAUUUUCUUUCUUUUUUUUUUUUUGUUUGUUUGUUUUUUUUUAGUUUUACUUUAAAUUGUACUUGUUUCUAUUUUUUGUGUAACGAUUUCCAAAAGAACAAAAUUAUUUUAAAAAAAAGUCAAAGGAAAUCUUAGUAUUUUUUUAGGGUUAUUAUUUUUUAUUUGGUCUUAAAAAUAUGGAGGAGACAGGACUUUAUUCUUAAAAUAAAAUGGUGAAAUUGUGAUGAA